AGCAGCAGCAGCAGAAGAAAACGAGAGUUAAUCGGUGCGCUGUUUUCGACUUCCUCCUACGCCGCCUCUCCUGCUAAGGUUGACGGGGAUGUAGACGUAGGUGCUGACCCGAGUCUCCACGAGUACAUGGCGACACUCGGAGUUUUCUUCACACUCCCGGACCAGGGCGUUAACACCCCUGAAAUACUAACCAGGUGCAGCGCCACUCCGGUGAGGCAAACAACCUCCUCGCCACUACGCUUCCUCGCCGCGGCCCAUGCGGUAGUGCCAUGGGCCUUCCCUGGGUACCACGAUGAGUCCCAUGCUUGGCUCAAGUUUAUCGAUGAGACUAACGUUCGGUACUACGCGGAGCUCAGAGAUCCCUUCACGGGGGCUGUUCUAGCCCAACACGAGCUCAUCAGCCUGGCCAGACACCCGUCCCGAGACAUGGCCGCGCUCGGCCUCAAAGGCGGCGAUGACGGAGACGGGGAAAGCCGAUUCCUCCGAGAUGUCGGAUCCAAGGGCAUCCCUUUCUCCCCGCUACCCCUGCGCCGACGCUUGAUCGAGCCAUCGGAAUCUCUCCGCAUCGUUGGGUACGAGGUUCGGGAACAGCCGGGGGGACUUGGGCAAGGGGAGGAUCCCGGGAUGAUGAUGGUUCGGGCCAAGGGGGAUUUGGCGGCGCGGACGGCGAUGCAGGCCUUUGUGGGGACGGAGCACGCGACUCUCAAUCCGGGAAUGUGCGGCGCGGCGGUGCUGGACAGCGAUUUUGAGCUCUGCGGGUGCGUGGAGGGCGUGGUGCCGACGGCUCCCCCAGAGGCGGCGGUGGAGGCCCACGUUAGGGCCUUGCAGGGCAUGCCUUGCGUGGUGGAGUGGAAGGACUUGGACACGCUCUUGACGGCUACGAUGGGCGACAAGGAUGACGGUGAUGUUGCGGGAAGUGGCGGCGACGUCGGCAAGCAAGACGCGCGAGAAACUUGGCCGAAGAAACCACUCUCCAGCCGGGAAGAGGCGCAAUGAUGAGCAGUCCCGGCCUUUUUCACUGAAAGCUUUGUGUUGGCGUUUGUCAGAUAGGCAGUCAGGUUUUAUUAGGCGGCCACUUUUUUUCUGUUUUACAGGUUUUUAUGUUGCGGAAGGAUAAGCGCAUCAUUCGGACAUGUUGUAUGCAGACGUACGAGCUUUCCUCGAAUUGAUUGCGAGAAGAGUAGGCGCCCCGGUUCUUCAAAAGCGCACCUUUUGAUAUGGUUUCGCUGCGGGCUGACGAUGGCGAUGGGACGGCGCUUGCGCUGAACGUCCUGAACCACCUAUCUGGUAGAAAGCUCGUAGACUUUUGUGCAACAACGUCGAGUGGUGCGUGGCUUAACUGGUUAGGACGGGGGUUGACGUAGCUCUAUUGGUGGUUUCAGCACAGUAGCUCACGGAAUUGGGUCUUGAAGGACCCCCAAUUGCUUUCGAUUUUGUUCGUGUGACAUGUCAACCUCUCGUCGAGUCGAAAGCCCUGCUUCCCUUCGUAGUCGUUUUUUUUAGUCGCACCCGAAACCCCAGUUGGAGGACAGAGAUGACUGCCAACAUGAGGGAAAAUGACAGAUCGUUCUUCGUCUAGGAGCGAAUGCUUCCGUCGU